AUUAGGGUGGCACUGCCAAAUCAAGAAGAGGGUAUCUUCAAUGCAGACUGCUCUGUAGCUCUUCUACUGGACACUAUCAAGAAAAGACACCACUUACCUCAACAAGAUGAGAUUGACCUGUGCAGUGAGGAUGGACCUCUAAAACAUCUCCCGUCCCACCUCUCAGCUGCCAGUGGAACUCCCUUCUUUGAGUUGAGGGAGCUGUGUCUCGUUGUCAGAGCGAUAGCCUCAGGUACAGAAGAUGGCACCUCUGAUGAUGGACAUACCAGUCCAGUAACGUAUGUUCCUGUUCUUGAAGAGUACAAGAACGAUGAAGAUCUCAUGGCCGCCCUGAACACCAACAGUGGUGACGGAAAACACUCGGGGGACUACACCAAGGGACGCAAGAAAUCCAGCAACAGAGCAGGGAGCAAGCCAGGCACUCCAGAGGGAGGGAAAAGCAAAGCUCCAGCCAAAGUCGGCAAUAAAUCAAGACGUCUCAGUCUCACAAAGUAAAAUGUCAGUAUAUAUACCAGAGGAGCAAAAGGACUAAACACAGUGGUGUU